AUGGACGGGACGGCCGAGCUGCUCUUCUACGUGAACGGCCGCAAGGUGAUAGAAAAAAAUGUCGAUCCUGAAACAAUGCUGUUACCAUAUCUGAGGAAGAAGCUCCGACUCACAGGAACUAAAUAUGGCUGUGGAGCGGGAGGCUGUGGUGCCUGCACGGUGAUGAUAUCACGAUGUAACCCCAUUACCAAGAGGAUAAGACAUUAUCCAGCCAACGCCUGUCUGAUUCCCAUCUGUUCUCUGUAUGGGGCUGCCGUCACCACAGUGGAAGGCAUAGGAAGCACCAAGACCAGGAUUCAUCCUGUUCAGGAGAGGAUUGCCAAGUGUCAUGGCACACAGUGUGGCUUCUGCACCCCUGGGAUGGUGAUGUCCAUCUACACGCUGCUGAGGAACCACCCAGAGCCCACCCUGAGUCAGUUAACUGAUGCUCUUGGUGGUAACUUGUGCCGUUGCACUGGAUACAGGCCCAUAAUCGAUGCAUGCAAGACUUUCUGUAAAACUUCUGGCUGCUGUCAAAGUAAAGAAAAUGGGGUUUGCUGUUUGGAUCAAGGAAUAAAUGGAUUACCAGAGUUUGAGGAAGGAAAUGAGGCAAAUCUAAAAUUCUUCUCAGAAGAGGAGUUUCUGCCAUUGGAUCCAACUCAGGAAUUGAUAUUUCCUCCUGAGCUAAUGACAAUGGCUGAGAAACAACCACAAAGGACCAGGAUUUUUGAUGGUGAUAGAAUGACAUGGAUUUCUCCAGUGACCCUGAACGAACUUCUAGAAGCCAAACUCAAGUAUCCCCAGGCCCCAGUUGUCAUGGGGAACACCUCUGUGGGGCCUGACGUGAAAUUUAAAGGCAUCUUUCACCCAGUUAUAAUUUCUCCAGAUAGAAUUGAAGAACUGAGUGUUGUAAACUAUACAGAUAAUGGACUGACCUUAGGUGCCGCCCUCAGCCUGGCUCAGGUGAAGGACAUCCUGGCUAAUGUGAUCCUGAAGCUCCCGGAGGAGAAGACACAGAUGUACCGUGCUCUCUUGAAGCAUUUGGGAACUCUGGCAGGAUCCCAGAUCAGGAACAUGGCUUCUUUAGGGGGCCACAUAGUGAGCAGGCAUCCAGAUUCAGAUCUGAACCCCCUCCUGGCCGUGGGCAACUGUACCCUCAACUUGCUAUCAAAAGAAGGAAAACGACAGAUUCCUUUAAAUGAGCAGUUUCUCAGGAAGUGCCCCAGUGCUGACCUUCAGCCUGAAGAAAUCUUGACCUCAGUCAACAUCCCUUAUUUGAGGAAGUGGGAGUUUGUGUCAGCCUUCCGACAAGCCCAGCGGCAACAGAAUGCGCUAGCGAUAGUCAAUUCGGGAAUGAGAGUUUAUUUUGGAGGAGGAGAUGGCAUCAUUAGAGAGUUAUCCAUUGCAUAUGGAGGCGUUGGUCCAACCACCAUCUGUGCAAAGAAUUCCUGCCAGAAACUCAUCGGAAGGCGCUGGAAUGAAGAGCUGCUGGACGCAGCUUGCAGGCUGAUUCUGGAUGAAGUCUCCCUCCCAGGCUCAGCCCCAGGUGGGAGGGUGGAGUACAAGAGGACUCUCAUCAUCAGCUUCCUCUUCAAGUUCUACCUGGAAGUGUCACAGAUUUUGAAGAGGAUGGACCCUGUUCGCUAUCCUGGCCUUACAGACAAGUACGAGAGUGCUUUAGAAGAGCUUCAUUCCAGACAUCACUGGAGAACAUUAAAGUACCAGAAUGCAGACCCAAAGCAGCUUCCUCAAGACCCAGUUGGCCAUCCCAUCAUGCAUCUGUCUGGUAUUAAGCAUGCCACAGGUGAAGCCAUCUACUGUGAUGACAUGCCUGCAGUGGACCGGGAGCUGUUCUUGACUUUUGUAACAAGCUCAAGAGCUCACGCUAAGAUUGUGUCUGUGGAUCUGUCAGAAGCUCUCAGCCUGCCAGGUGUGGUGGACAUCCUGACUGAGGAACAUCUUCAUGGCAUCAACUCCUUCUGCCUUUUAACCAAACCUGAGAAACUUCUAUCGACAGAUGAGGUAUUUUGCGUGGGUGAGCUUGUCUGUGCCGUGAUUGCUGAUUCCGAGGUUCAGGCAAAGCGAGCUGCGCAGCGAGUGAAGAUUGUCUACCGAGAUUUGGAGCCACUGAUCCUGACCAUCGAGGAUGCUAUACAACACAAGUCCUUCUUCGAGAAAGAAAGGAAACUGGAGUAUGGAAAUAUUGAUGAAGCAUUUAAAAUGGUGGAUCAAACUCUUGAAGGUGAAAUACACUUGGGAGGUCAAGAACAUUUUUAUAUGGAAACCCAAAGCAUGCUUGUUGUUCCCAAAGGAGAGGAUCAAGAAAUUGAUGUCUACGUGUCCACACAGUUUCCCAAAUACAUACAGGACAUAGUUGCUUCAACCUUGAAGCUCCCAGCUAACAAGGUCAUGUGUCAUGUAAAGCGUGUUGGCGGGGCUUUCGGGGGGAAGGUGAUGAAAACUGGCAUCAUGGCAGCCAUCACCGCAUUUGCUGCAAACAAGCAUGGUCGUGCAGUCCGCUGCAUUCUGGAACGAGGAGAAGACAUGUUAAUAACUGGAGGCCGCCACCCUUACCUUGGAAAGUAUAAAGCUGGAUUCAUGCACGAUGGCAGAAUCCUGGCCCUGGAUGUGGAGCAUUAUGGCAAUGGAGGUGCCUCCCUGGAUGAGUCGUUACUUAUGAUAGAGAUGGGACUUCUGAAAAUGGAAAAUGCCUACAAGUUUCCCAACCUGCGCUGUCGGGCGUGGGCGUGCAGAACCAACCUUCCAUCCAACACGGCUUUGCGAGGGUUUGGCUUUCCUCAGACAGGGCUGAUCACCGAAUCCUGUAUCACGGAAGUUGCAGCCAAAUGCGGGUUGUCUCCUGAGAAGGUCCGAACGAUAAACAUGUAUAAGGAAAUUGAUCAAACACCCUACAAACAAGAGAUUAAUGCCAAGAACCUGAUCCAGUGUUGGAAAGAAUGCAUGGCCAUGUCUUCCUACGCCCUAAGGAAAGCAGCUGUAGAAAAAUUCAACUCGGAGAAUUGCUGGAAGAAGAAGGGGCUGGCAAUGGUCCCCCUCAAGUUUCCUGUCGGCCUUGGAUCAGUUGCUGCUGGUCAGGCUGCUGCCCUGGUUCACAUUUAUCUAGAUGGGUCUGUGCUGGUGACUCAUGGUGGAAUUGAAAUGGGGCAGGGGGUCCACACUAAAAUGAUUCAGGUGGCCAGUCGUGAAUUAAGGAUGCCAUUGUCCAACAUCCACCUUCGGGGAACAAGCACAGAAACCGUCCCUAAUGCAAACAUCUCUGGAGGUUCCGUGGUGGCCGAUCUCAAUGGGUUGGCAGUAAAGGACGCUUGUCAAACUCUUCUAAAACGCCUUGAACCCAUCAUCAGCAAGAAUCCUGGAGGCACUUGGAAGGACUGGGCACAGGCUGCUUUUAAUGAAAGCAUUAGUCUUUCAGCUACUGGAUACUUCAGGGGUUAUGAGUCGAACAUGAACUGGGAGACAGGCGAAGGCCGUCCUUUUGAAUACUUUGUUUAUGGAGCUGCCUGUUCCGAGGUUGAGAUAGACUGUCUGACAGGUGCUCAUAAGAACAUCAGAACAGACAUUGUCAUGGAUGUUGGCUGCAGUAUAAAUCCGGCCCUUGACAUAGGCCAGAUUGAAGGUGCAUUUAUUCAAGGCAUGGGACUUUAUACAAUAGAAGAACUGAAUUAUUCUCCUCAGGGGGUCCUGUACACUCGGGGCCCAAACCAAUAUAAGAUCCCUGCCAUCUGUGACAUCCCCACGGAGUUGCACGUUUCCUUGUUGCCUCCAUCUCAAAACUCAAAUACCCUGUAUUCGUCUAAGGGUCUGGGAGAGUCUGGGGUAUUCCUGGGGUGUUCGGUGUUUUUCGCCAUCCAGGACGCGGUAAGUGCAGCACGACAGGAGAGAGGGCUGCUUGGACCGUUGAAGCUCAAUAGUCCACUGACCCCAGAGAAGAUUAGAAUGGCCUGUGAAGACAAGUUCACAAAAAUGAUUCCAAGAGAUGAACCUGGAUCCUAUGUUCCUUGGAGUGUACCCAUAUGA